AUGGCGAGGUUCUUCUCGAAGAAGGCGCCAGAAACGGAAGGCCAACACAGCGAGAAAGAACGACCCGUGAAGAAGUCGCAUCUUGGUAUCUUGGACGCUGACACGGAUGAAGUCCCUGGUUCCGUGAUCCUGCUCUCCAGCGUGCACAAGCGGAAUGAACCGCUUGGUCUACAACAUGCACACGCGCGCACAUCCGCUUCUUCCCUUCCGUCCCCUUACGGACCCGCACCUCGCAGUGCUUCCGCAGGCUCGCGUAGCUCGGCCAGGUCGCGAAGGCAUCGACAGCCGGAAAAGAAGCGAACAAAAGAUGGCAAAUUCAUUUUAGAUCCGCAGCCAGAGGACUCGGCGAACGAUCCUUUAAACUGGAAACAACUUCGUCGCGACGCUGCUUUGAUCUCGCUUGGUUUAUACUGCAUGGUCGGCGGCGGCAUGACCCCUGUUCUGGCCGCUGGCUUCAACAAUGUUGCCAAAACUUUCGACGUUACUGUGCCUCAGGUUGCUCUAACGACCGGACUCUACAUGCUGGGCUUGGGUUUAGGCAGCGUGGUGGCCUCUCCUACAGCCAUCUUAUGGGGCAAGCGACCUGAUGAUAUGGGUCCUGCUUCUGUGCCAAUGACUCCCACCUCACCGAUGUCUCCGGUGGAUCAUCCAACGCGUCCACUUAGAGCGCACAGAGUGGGCUUCGCUGUCGAUUCAGAACAGCACCCAGAAAGCAGCGCCGCAGCCGCUAAGGGAUCUUCCGAGAAUCAUGACUACUUUGGGACCAUCCCUGACACAAUUUCACCUGACGAGGCUUCCACGCAUACUCCUGUUCCAAGUGCCAUCAAGAGAGACUUGGAAAAGCAACAGCCUCACCCUGAUAUUGAUCUGGAGCACCCUGCAACCGAAUCUUACACUGAUCCUGACCAUGUGUCCAUGGUCUCGUCCAUACACUAUACGGACUUCUACCGCGAGGCGCCUCAAAAGUCCUACGUGCAGUCUCUCAAGCCAUGGAACGGCCGCCUGGUCAAGGACAAGUGGCACAAGGUCAUGUUACGCCCUUUCAUCCUAUUGGCUUACCCCGCUGUUCUGUGGUCCUCUAUGGUCUACGCUUUAGCUGUAGGAUGGCUGAUCAUACUCAGCGAAUCUAUGGCCGAAAUCUACCAAAACCAUGAGUCAUACAAUUUCACACCGCUUCAAGUCGGUCUUGUCUACGUCUCGCCAUUCGUAGGGGGCGUUCUGGGUACGGCUGUGGCAGGCAAGAUUAGUGACGUGGUUGUGCGCUACAUGGCUCGCCGAAACGACGGAGUUUACGAACCAGAAUUUCGACUUGUAAUGGCGAUCCCGAUUACUAUUAGCACGGUCAUUGGUCUCAUGGGCUUUGGAUGGAGCGCCGAAGAGAAGGACAACUGGAUCGUACCCACCGUCUUCUUCGGUGUGAUUAGCUUCGGCUGCUCGCUUGGAUCUACCACCUCAGUCACCUUUGUGGUCGACUCGUAUCGGCAGUACGCCGGGGAGGCUUUGGUCACGCUCAACUUCUGCAAAAACAUUCUGCACGGAUUCAUCUUCUCAUUGUUCUUCACCCACUGGCUUGCGGCCAGUGGUCCUAAGGAUACUUUCAUCGCUGUUGGCGGUAUCCAGCUCGGUUGCAUGUUCCUCUCCAUCCCUAUGUAUAUGUACGGCAAGCGUGCACGAAUGUGGACAGUCCGGAAGAAUUUCAUGGAGAAAUUUUAG